AUGGCGUCUCGUGUGACCGAGGUCGCCUCGCGACUCUACGACGCCUGCAUCGAGAGGUUCGAAGCCAACCACCUCUUCUAUCAGCAAGACCUGCUCGCCCUCGAUGUCAUCCCCAAGGGAGAAAUCGACCUGUUGCUGAAAUGCGCCCAGUCGCUGGUCGAUCAAAAAUUGUUCCGACUCCACCAAGGCGCAAAUAACCGCCUCGCAUGGAAGGUUAUUUCUCGUGACGAUGCCGAGAAACUUCAGAGUCUCAGUCCCGACGAGAGCUUGGUGUACAACGUCAUCCACUCCAGCGGCCGCUCGGGUGUCUGGGUGCGCAACAUUCAAUCACGUACAAACCUUCACAAAUCCAUCCUCGAUCGCUGCGUCAAAUCUCUCGAGAGCAAAAACUACAUUAAGAGCGUCCACAAUGUCAAGUACCCGACCCGGAAGAUGUACAUGCUCGCGGGCUUGGCCCCGAGCGAGGACAUCACCGGAGGUGCCUGGUUCACAGACGGUGUCCUUGACGCCAACUUCAUUAACAGCGUUGCUGGUUUCAUCGAAUACACCGUGAGCAUCCGCAGCUGGCACGAAGUGCCCGCCGCCGACCUUGGCCGCGGCAAGCGCAUCAAGACCGCGACUGGCAUGGCUGAAGUGAAGGCUGAACCAGGGAAGACGUACCUCCCCUACCCAGCCAAUUACACUGGCUACCUGACUGUGGAAGGGAUCACCAGUGAAAUUAACCGGAGCGGUAUCACCCCUGUGCGUCUGGGCGAGGACAGCGUCAUGCAGCUAGUGCAGAUGCUCUGCUUCGACAAGAAAAUCGUCGCGCUAAACAACGGCAACAACUACAAAGCGCUUAGGAACCCCGACAUGGUCAAGGCCAGUCAGGCACGGAAGCCUGCCGCCGAAGAGGAAACCACCUCAACUAUCUUUGGUGUGGGCAAGAAUGGAAUGACCGAGUCGCCCUGUGGAUCUUGCCCUAACAUCCGUCUUUGCUCGCCCGGCGCUGCCAUCAGCCCGGAGACUUGUGAAUACUUUGACCCGUGGUACGAGAAGGUCCUCGGGUUUUGA